AUGGCCCAACGAACGGUCAACGAGAUGUUUGAGACCUACAGAGAUGCUGUUCGAGGAAUUAAUGCUAUCAAGUCACAACUUAUGGGAGGCAAACUAUUCUAUCAAUCAAGACCUCCGCUCAUCACCUAUCUCCCCAACGACGUAAAUAGAUAUUGGGAGAUUAUCGAAGACCUAGAAGAACAUUUAGACCUCUACAGAUUCAGUAACACUUGCAAGCCCGCGGACUUCACCAAGGCCUUGAAAUGGUAUUACGAAGGUGGCAAAGAGGACUUUGAGCUCAAAGCGAAGGAUAUCUACAAUCCCAUUACUAUCUACGUCCCAGCAACUCUCGCGGAAAUAACUCGGAUUAAAAAUGACGCGCGGAUGACCUUCGUGGUUCUUACGAAGAGAAAACGGAUGAUUGAGGGCAUAGACUUGUGGUUUGAGAGUGACACUUAUCGGCAAAAGCUCAACCAAACUCCUCAACACGGUAGCAAGUCUCAACUAGAGUUCUAUGAGGAAGCAAUGAGGGCUCGUGAUGCGAAGGAUCUCGGCACUCUGUAUCUUAUCUUAUUGCAUGGUUUGAACACUCUCAUUCACUCCAUAGGCUCAGUAGAAGAUUCAUACAAAUCUGCAUGGAAUUUGAAAGAACUUAACAUCAGAGGACAGCUCGAGGAUCUUCACAUAAUCCUGUCUGAAAGGUUAACAGAUUUGCAUAAAAUAUGCGAAAGAUGCAGAAUUGAGGAACAAGGAUCAGAAGAGUCGAAGGAGUUGAAGCAAGUCAUAAGUAGAGCAUUCAUCAAGGUACUCAUACACAUUGAUUACCUUUUCAUAGAAAUCUCCGACUCCUCAAUGUAUAGGGACACCAUUACAAAUUACAUUCGGGAAAGAAAGUCGUUGAACUAUGUGUCUGAGAUGAAAGACUUGUAUACAGAAGAAUCGCAGAGUUAUUACACUGCGUGGGAGCCACAAUUUGCUCGGCGCAUGAAUGCUAUAAUAAACGGCAUCAGAGUCAUAAUUGCUGUUCUCCGCAACGGAAGACCGUUGCUCGGUAUAUUCUAG